AUGUCCCUAAUAACGCUGUCGCAGACUCAAGUUAUAGAGAAUUCUAUUUCCAGUUAUAUUGAGAAUUAUGACCGUAUAGCACAGCAAUAUUUGACCCUUCGUCAAAACAUUUUAACGCUCUUUAAUGGAGAGAAUAACUCCAACAGUGAAACACAAUUGAAAGCUCAAAAAUACAAAUAUGAAUUGGAGAAAGUGCGAGAGGCAUAUACCCUCCAUGUUGAGGCCUUGGUAACCCAGUUGGACAUUCAUGAACAAGUCCCCCUGACCCAUACCAUUGAAUUGGACCAGACUCACGAUACCUUACAAGAAACGAAAAUUCGAUUGAAUGAUCAGAUUAAAAACUUGACCACGGUUCAGAAGCCUUUGUUAGAUGACUUGGGUAAGCUCUUGGUCGAAUUUGAGUCUGGAUUGAACACGAAAAGGCGGCCCGGAACCAAACCAAAUGCCGCCAAACAAAUGAAUGGCACGGUCAAUGACAAGGAAAAUAGUUAUAACGAACAACUCUUGUUCGGAUACGACGAGUUGAAAGCUCUAGCCACGCUGGUUGAUGGUGUAGAUCUCCACAAGUACUUGGAUGAGCAUCUAGAUGGCGGGAAGACGUUUAGAAGAUUGGCGGAUAACAAGUAUGUUUACAAUGCUUCCAGGUCAUCAGUGCAGGAAAAGGCCACCACUACCGUGGCAGAGUACGAUGAAAUGAUUAGAGCUGUAAUUCACAGCAUUGGGGAGUUGGAGGCAACUGGGGCUGAAGCUAGAGACAGAUGGAGUGUCAAUGCACUCCGUUUGGAUGUGAUAAAGGAGGCAUUAAUGGAUGAGAAUUUCUAA